CGAUCCAGCAGCAAGAGAUUGCACGGAAAGAGGGCGAACGCCCACCGCGUUCUUCUUUUUGCCUACAUAUACCCAGAACGAGCCCUGCUAGAACCGCUCCCGCACGUCAACGUCUUCGUCCCUUUGAUUGAUAUCCCGGAAGGAAUCCACCGCCGUUUCGUCGGUUCGGUUGCCGUCGGACACCGUCUUCCUCAACCCCCACAGACCUUCUCGCCUCCCUCCCCGCCAUGGCCGACUACAACCGCUACGGCCACGUCCACGGCCAAGGAUACGGCCAGCAGAACUACGGCUACGCGCCCACGCUCUCCUCCUCGCCGUACGGCAACGGCCAAGGAUACGGUCACGCGCCCUCGGCGCCUCCCGCGCCCACGCCCUCCUCCUCCUCGCCGUACGGCUACGGCUACGGCCACGGCCAAGGAGGCUACCCGCCGCCGAUGGGAGGAGGCUUCGGAGGAGCCGUGGCGUUCCCGCCGGGGACGCACCCGGACGUGGAGCGUGCAUUCCGGGCCGCCGACCGCGACGGCAGCGGCAGCAUCGACGAGGGGGAGCUGCAGGCCGCGCUCUCCGACGCGCACCACCGCUUCAGCAUCCGCACCGUCCGCCUCCUCAUGUUCCUCUUCAGUGACGCCCAGCUCGCCUCCUCCCCGCGCUCCCGGAUGGGGCCAACGGAGUUCGUGACGCUGUGGAACUGCCUUGGGCAAUGGCGGGUCGUUUUCGACAGAUACGAUAGGGACCGCAGCGGAAAGAUCGACUCCGAUGAGUUGAGAGAAGCUCUUCGCGGCCUCGGAUACGCGGUGCCACCUUCGGUCAUUGAUCUUCUCAUAGCUAACUACAACAAUGGUGUUUCCCACCGCGGCGCCCUAGACUUCGACAACUUUGUGGAGUGCGGAAUGGUUGUGAAGGGUCUGACUGAAAAAUUCAAGGAGAAUGACACGCGCUACACCGGCUCAGCAGCUCUUACCUAUGACGGCUUCUUGUCAAUGGUCGUCCCCUUCAUUGUACCUUAGAUAGUCCUGGUGUCUGUUUGCCCACGCAAAGGAGUACAGUUUUAAGUUUGUGGGAUCGAUUACAGUUCCGUUAAUUUUGAGCGUUUUGUUUCACAACUGUGUAUGUGAAUAUAUUCGCAAAAAAAGAAAGAAACUGUGUAUGUGAAUAAGAAAAAGUUAAUGGUUGGAAUCGAA